AUGCCGUCUCUCGACGGUUUCCUUUAUGUAGCUCGAAAUGCUAAAGACUGCAUGGUUUUCUACUACCACUUCUUCAGGAUGAGCCAGGUGCUCCCAGAGCCAGGCACCUGGGAUGAGUAUUUUGAAAAUUUCAUCAAUGGAAAAGUAAGCUGGGGAUCCUGGUUUGACCAUGUGAAAGGAUGGUGGGAAAUUCGAGACAAAUAUCAGAUUCUCUUCCUCUUCUAUGAAGAUAUGAAGAGGGACCCAAAGCAUGAAAUCCAGAAGGUGAUGCAGUUUAUGGGCAAGAAUUUGGAUGAGGAUGUGGUGGAUAAAAUAGUCCAGGAGACAUCAUUUGAGAAAAUGAAAGAGAAUCCUAUGACAAAUUGUUCUACGGUUCCCAAGUCUAUCCUGGACCAGUCCAUGUCCCCUUCCAUGAGAAAAGGAACUGUGGGUGAUUGGAAAAAGCACUUUACUGUGGCCCAGAAUGAGAGGUUUGAUGAAAUCUAUAAGCAAAAGAUGGGCAGAACCUCUCUGAACUUCUGCAUGGAACUCUGAUCAAGAUGUGAAGACACCAAGAACAGCAGUCUGUCUGCAAGCCUCAAUCCAGCCAAAGGAAGCCCUGAAAGCAAACUGUAAAGGCCAAGGAUUGUGUCUCUGACUCUGUGAUUACUAACAUCACAUUACAACUCAUAAGAGCAGAUCAUGUCCAAUGUAUACUUUGUCCACUAUUCAGUAUAAAUCAGUAAGACAGUUUAGU